CCCCUCUUACUGCUGUUCGCUCCUCCUCCCAGCAGCCUCCGGCCCGUGGGAGUGGCCAACCGCGCCAGCAUGGAUUGGUUCUACAACAGCCUGGCUGCGAUUGCCUCGUCGAUCGGGUCACAUCUGACUCCGGACCUGGCGGACGUUGACUUUGCGGUGGACAUCGCGGAUGUUGAUCCCUUUCGCGCAGCUUCCAUGGCCGAGCUCAAGCCGGCGGCCCCGCUGCCCGGCCAUGGCGGCUCCUCCGUCGGGUGUGUUCGCUGUGGCGGGCCCUUGAAUGCCGGCGCGGGCCUUGCCAGCUCCUCGCCCACGACCGACCGGUGCCAGUCACCGCGGCAGCCCUCGCCCAAUGUCCGCUCAGUGGAGGAUGUAGCGCGUUUCAUCCUGGACAACGACUGCCGGCGCAUCCUUGUUCUCUCCGGAGCCGGACUCAGCACGGCGGCUGGCGUGCCGGACUUCCGGUCCGCACAGACCGGCCUCUACGCCCAGUUGACUGCCCGCGGUGUCUCCCAGCCUGAGCGUGUCUUUGAUGCCUCCUUCUUCCGCAAGGCACCCGAGGCUCUCUACACCUUGGCAGGGGCCAUCCUGUCCGAGAGUGUCAAGCCCACCUUCGCACAUUGCUUCAUCCGCGCGCUGGCCGAUUCAGGGCGCUUGCUUCGGAAUUAUACCCAAAACAUCGAUGGCCUCGAACGCCAAGUGGGCCUGACGCCGGCGCCUGCCACCGGCACCGACGCUUCCCCCUCCUCCUCUUCAGAUUUCAACCUCAUCGAGGCGCACGGCAGCCUCCACUCGCCGACCGUGUGCAAAAAUACGGCCUGCAAUUUUGUCGUGCCCCCGGAGCAAAUGCAUAAGCAACUUCUCACGGGGGCCCUGCUCCAUUGUCCCGGAUGCGGAUCGGUUGUCCAGCCGCCGAUCGUGCUCUUCGGCCAGGCACUGCCUCUGACCUUCUUGCAAUGUGCCACGGCGGAUCUCCCCCAAACCGACCUGGUCAUCAUCCUGGGCUCCCGCCUGCAGGUGGCCCCCUUUUCCUCUUUGGCAUCCUGCAUCCCGGGGCACGUGCCGCGGGUGAUCGUCGACGCCGAUGCCGCCACCCUGGCCGGGCGGCAUUUCCAUGUGGAGCAUGGCGCCUGCCGAGCGGACGAUCGCCGGUGCGACCGGUGUGACCAGUGCGCUCGCACCGACCUCCUGACCGAUUGGAUGGCCGCCUCGGCGCCGCGAUUCUGCUUCGACAACGGGCGCGAUGUGCUGCUGGGCAUGACCUGCGAUGAGGCCACUCGGGCUCUGGCCCGGGCUCUCGGGAUCGAGGCUUUGGCCGAUGCUCACUUCCAAAACUUCCACCCGGGCCCGGCCCCGGCGGCGGCCCCUGUCGCAGCUGCAGCCGCGGCCGCUGCCAGUGCUGUGUCCCCUGACCAGGAUGCUCCCACCCCGCUGGAGAGCGGGAGUCCGGAGGCGGCCCCCACAGCAGGCGACCCGCUGGGCGCAUCGUUGUCAACGGUCGCUCGUGCCUUGUGCCAGGUGUCCCUCGGCCACUCGACCGCCAGCAGCCGGUCGUCGAUACGCACCACUGGCGAUGCCCCGGCCGGGAGAGCCGAGCCGAGCCCCCCCGCCACGGCCACCGCCGCCCCCCCUGGGUCGACCUGAUGGCCCCCCCCCC